GAUGAUUUACGGCUAGUAGUUGAUUAAACUUGCUCUAAACAACGGGAGAAGCCUUCUAGAUCAUCGUGUUGAAAAAAAAUGGCAACAGCCAACGCCCAACGGAACCGCCCAAGCCCACACGUCGCGUUUACCUCUCCAGCACGGUCACUGGCAUGUGGGCCCAUGAGAAAGUGGGACCCACAUGUCAAUCUGUGUCCGCCCCACUACCGCCUCUACAAAAGCAGAGCGCGCGCGGCGGCGGCAGCGGCAGCAGCAGCAGCAAAUCGAUCGUUGUCGUGUCUCGCGAGAUGGAGGCGCUCGCCGGCGGGAGGCCGCUGUCGGGACGGGCGCGGCAGGUCGGCCGGAGCAGGGAGGAGGAGCUGCUCGGCCUCCUCUCCGACUUCUCCGGCGACAGCGGCGAGUUCGGCCGCGAGCUGUCGUUCAGUGACCUCGUCGUAGUCGAGGACACGGCGAACAACCCCAGCCCGAGAGGAGGCGAUGGUGGUGGUGACAGGGCAGCUCCGACGGCGGCGGCGGCGGAGAACGGCCAGGCGAGGCCGUCGUCGUCGUCCGAGCAGGAGGAGGCGGCGGAGGCGGCGUCGAGGCGGCAGCAGCAGCAGCAGGCGGCGGCGGCGGCGAGGGAGAGGAGGCUGCGGAGACGGCGGAGCGACAGCAGGGGAAGCUGCGGGGGCAGCGGCGACGGCGUGCUGCUCAACUUCUACGUGCCGGGCCUGCUCACCAGGAGCAUGACGACGCCGCGGCCCGCCGCCCGAGGCACGCUUCCCGGCGCCGCCGCGGCCGCGGCCGCGCCGGCGACGGCGGCUGCCGGCAAAGCUAGGAUGGAUGCGCCUCUGGCCGUCGGAUGCUGGCCGGCGUUGUGGGGCGGCGGCGGCCGCCGCGACCGCCGCAAGCCGGCGAAACCGGCCGCCGGGAGACGGGACACCAGAGUGGUGACAACCGUGACACUGGGUGGGUCGGUUCGUGUGGACAGUGAGUGAAGUUUAUUGGAAAUUUGGGAUGAUCGUGACGUGUCAACUGCAGGGGUAGUACGGUUUUGUGCCUGGAUUCACGGCUUCUUCUUACCCGUUUUCCAUCAGCGUAUUGCACAAGUGAUGACAGUACAUAGUUGAGAGAAAAACGUGGCAAGGCCUCUGCAUCUACCUUGAGCAUUUCCAAAAAUGCUAACAUUUAAAUCUAAAAAUGUUAGUAUUAGGGUCAUAUAAAAAUUGGGCAAAUAAAUUACCCCGCCCUCUAACAACGUCUCUAAAUUUGGUUUUUUAAACGGCACAUCAUUCGUGUGGAGGGCACAACACUAAGAACAUGGGAUUGAGAUUCCGUGACUUAGUCAUUCCCUAAUAUCCGUGUUUUUUUUCUCUGACUUAAGUCGUAUAAUUUUGAGUCACUGACAUAUGGAUUCUCUUUGUUGUGGACUCACUUGCCAAUGACCUUAGAGCAUGAGACAGUGUCGGUUUCUCGUGCGUACGCUCACUAUUGGGGGCAUCCAUCCCUACCUCAAAUCUGGCUUAAUGAUUUGGUUAAAUUGAAAAUACAAAUAAUU